AUAAAAGAAGAGAGAAAGCUCAAUCCAGUGAGGUUCGUCUCUGCGAUUGAUACUCACCUCAAGCCCAAGCCGGUAAUUCUGUGACGCCCUCUUCAAGCUCGAGGAAGACACUGUUAAAUGGCGGUGUAAUCUCCAGUUUCAUUUGUCGGAAGCGCAAUCGAUGGGACGCGGAAUUUUUUGUGGAAGCAGCUGGUUGAGCUCCUCUUAAGCUUUCAAUUCUUCUCUUUUGAAUUUCAGGAUGCUUAGUUUGAGACACUCUGUUCUUCCAUUGAUAACUCGAAGGUGCGACUCAGCUGAGAUAUUCAGAAGCACCAGAUGCGUUGUGUUAUGUGCUGCAAAAGGUCCUCGGCCGAGGUAUCCUCGAGUAUGGAAGUCGAGAAAGAGAAUUGGGACUGUCUCCAAAUCCGCAAAGCUUGUAGAAUGCGUUAAAGGGUUGUCGAAUGUAAAAGAGGAAGUGUAUGGGGCGCUCGAUUCCUUCAUUGCGUGGGAGUUGGAGUUCCCUGUAAUCACAGUGAAGAAAGCCCUGAAGACUCUCGAAAAGCAAAAUGAAUGGAAGCGGAUAAUACAGGUGACCAAGUGGAUGCUAAGCAAAGGUCAAGGAAGGACGAUGGGAAGCUAUUUCACACUGCUAAAUGCAUUAGCGGAAGAUGGGAGGCUCGAUGAGGCUGAGGAGCUCUGGAAUAAGAUAUUCUCUGAUAGCCUUGAAGCUACACCUCGCAUUUUCUUCGACAAAAUGAUAUCUGUCUAUCACAAGAGAGGGAUGCAUGAGAAGAUGUUCGAGAUAUUUGCUGACAUGGAAGAACUUGGUGUCCGGCCUACUGUUUCGACCGUUUCAAUGAUGGGAAAGGUAUUCCAGCAACUAGGUAUGCUCGACAAGUACGACAAAUUAAACAAGAAAUACCCACCACCCAAAUGGGAGUAUCGGUACAUCAAAGGGAAGCGAGUGAGAGUACGAAGUGACAAGCUAUAUGAUUCCAAUAGCAUGAGGAGAGCACAAAUCGGGAAUGGUGACGGAGCAUCUGUUGAUUUAGAGCAACUGAAUGAGCAGGAAAGUGGAGAGGAAGAAAUCACCGAGGAUGAAGGAACGAGCUCAGAUCGAGGAGACAAACUUCCUGAUGAGUCUAAUUCAAUAUCGAACCAAGGUGAUGAGCGGGGAGAAACAUUGUAAUCAGUUCCUCAUUGUGACAAUUUAACAUAUGCACACGAGUGAUGUUAUUCAAGUUUUAUCCCGUCUGUCAUCA